AUGACAGCCUACCUCCUUUCCCGGAUAGGUGACCCCAUCUUCGCCCUAACCAUGGGCGUGUCAGCGGCGCUUACACGCAUCCGCCGGGACCAAAUCGAAAAGAGCCCAAGCCCUGAGAAAGCAGCGGAGAUUGGAUACGGCACUAUUGUGCAGAUGGGGCAGCGCCGUUUGCAGCGGUGGUGGAAUGGGGACUUCAAGGAUCUCUAA